UUUAAAUUUCACAAGUUAUUUUGAUUUUCAGGUUUUCUUGAAAUAGCUUAUAAUGGCUCUUAGUGAUGUUAAAAAUCAGAGUGUAAAUCUAAGUACAGAUACUAUUGAAGGGGAUGACAUUGCAAAUUUAUCUAGCAAAAUAGACAAUUUGAGGACUUCAGAAUGUUCAGAAACCAGCGUUCCUAAUAAUGAAGGAAUCAUUAACACUGGAUCAGAGCAGUUAUCUCAUGCUCACAAGGAUCGAAUAGAAGUUGAACGUCAUGCCACACUUGGUGAUAAUCUCAACUCCCCCAAGCGAGGCCCUACUUUGUCCACCAGCACCAGCAGCUUUGAAGCUCUCGACCCCCAUGACCCCAACCUCAGCCAUUUGGCAUCCCUCAUGUUUUCCAAGACUUCAAGCUACUUACAGGGUGAACUAAAUGCAGUGCUGGAGGACUACACGCUGCUGGAGCAGAUGAACUGUGCCACCAUUGCCAAGUACGCCGACCUGCGCCAGAUCACAAGCAGCAUCGGGCGUUCCUUGGACGAACUGAACGCUAAGUACCUCGGUCUGCAGCCCUACCUUGACCAGAUUGAUCAGAUAGAGGACAGCGUCACUAAACUCGAGGCGGCUGCGUACAAACUAGAUGCUUACUCCAGAAGGUUAGAAGAAAAAUUCAAAAGUUUGGAGAAAAAGUAGCUCGCACAAAUUAGCUGAUAUUGACUGAUCGAAGUUGGUGUGGGUAUGAAUCCCUAAAACUGCUACAGUAUUUGGACAUAUGUCUGCCCAAAAUCGACGUUUAAUAGAAGAUUUUACUGGGGUAAUAAAGCAUUGUUCGCAAUUGCAGAACCUGUUAGAGGCCAAAAUAAAUUUAUGCAAAUAAGAGAAUAUCCUUCUUACAAUUCUUCAACGACACGUGUUAGGAGCUUUGUGUCUAUGCAGUUAUAAUUUUGGAUAAAGAUUGUUGAAACUUUAGAAACAAACACGAAACUUGCUUUAAAAAAUAAGUUUUGACAUCAUUAAAACAAGUAAACUAACUGAGAUUUCUGUGAUAUAUUUAAAUUGUCAUUUAUCACUUGUAAUUUGGCAGCCACUCCCCUCACAACAUUCCGUGGAUAUUUUUUUUACAUAUCUAGUCAAUUUUCGUCGAUAUAGAUAGUAUUAUAAUUAUUUUAUGUACAAAGUAAUGUAUUUAAUCUUUUUUCUGUUGCGGAGCUACUGUCACAGUUCAGUUCGACGCUUACUGUCACAAGCUUUCUAUUUUCACGGUAGUUGUACAAGAAGUUGAGACAUGCUUCCAAUGCCUAUCAAAAUCCUUUUCGUCAAAUUUCUGCAACUUUUUAUUGGGUAGCGAAAUAAGUUUGGCGUGUUCGGUCACCGGAAUAACUGAUAGAAUAGAAAGAAUAAUUCAUAUUGUUCUUCACUCAGAGAAAUGAAUUAGGCGCCGUUGAAAUAAGGAUGCACUUUUUGCCCUUCUACGCGCAAUUUUUUAACCCCGUUUGGCCUGGCGAAAAUGAGUAUCAGUGCACGCAUGAUCUUUGCUCGUGCUGUUGGUAAGAAAGUGCAUCAUUAUUUGGAAAAUGAUCCAUCCAUUUUUCUGAGUGAUCAUUUUCAUUAUCGGCAGAACUAGAACCAAGCAAUUAUUGUGAAACAGUGAAUCCUUCCAAAUUAGAAAAUCUUGAAUACUGCGAUCACGUAUCAUGACACCAUGAUCAGCCUAUAGCUCAGUGCUGAAUUUGUAAAGGAAGUCGUACUUCACUGUUGGUGCUCCGGUUUUUAAGUUUCUGCUUAUUUAAUUUAAGCUUACAACCUUCAUUCCAAAAGAAAAUUCG